AUGAAUGAAAGUACACAGGAGAAUACGCCAAAGAGGCAUAAAAUUAGUUGUCAAGUGACAGACUGCAAUGAUGAAGUGUUUCAAGAUAGCAUAUAUUGCUUGAAACAUAGACAUGCAGGGACGUCGACACCUACAGCACAAAAGAGGACUAUAAAUACAGUCCAAGCUGAUAAAUUAGCAGCUAUAAAAUCAAAAUUUGGCUCCAAACAUGCACCUACGACAAAACCAAAAAAGUUUGAUAAGAAGAUAUGGGCUAUGAAAAUACGCAUGAAUGCUAAACCGCUCAGGGAAGUUCUCGAUUCAUCUGAUCGUAUUCACAUUUCUGUAUCGACAGAAAACACAAUUGAAUUGACAUCAUCUCGAUUCUAUUACUUUAGCAAGGCACUCAGUAUAGGUAGACUACUUGAUAUUAUAUGUCAAAAGUUUAGUAUAGACUCAUCUAAAUGUGAAAUGUACAAGAAAGACACAGAACUAGUUAAGCUGAAUUUAUCAAGCAUCGCUGGUGAAACACCAGACCUUGAUUGUUCACAUAUAUGGCUUAAAAUAAUAAAUUGA